CAAACAAGUAAACCAAUAAAAGCCAAAAAAACAAGGAAAAAGUAAGAGAAGAUAAGAAGCAAAAACAGAAAAGGCUGCUUCCAGUGCUGAUCUUAAGGAAGGAGGAGAAGAGAAGAGAGUGAAAGAGAAGAGAAGGGAAGAGAGACUGUGCUAGCUAGCUAGCUCUAUCUGUCUCUAAGGAAAGAAAAGCUCUCUCUCUAUCUCUUAACAUGGAGGAGCUCUUCUUUUUCUACUGGCUUAAGAUGCCUGUCAUCUCUUUCUUGGUCUUAGUUUUCGUUUUAAAGAUGGUAGUGUUGCUUUGGUGGAGACCAAAAAGAAUUGAAGCUCAUUUCUUAAAGCAAGGAAUCAGAGGCCCCCCUUAUCGCUUCUUCAUAGGCAAUGUGAAAGAGCUUAUGGAGAUGAUGUUGAAGGCUUCUUCUCAGCCUAUGCCUUUCUCGCACAACAUACUCCCUAGAGUUCUUUCCUUCUAUCAUCACUGGAAGAAAAUCUAUGGUGCAACCUUUCUUGUGUGGUUCGGACCCACGGUUCGACUCACCGUCUCCGAUCCAGAACUCAUCCGAGAAAUCUUUACCACUAAGUCUGAAUUCUACGAAAAGAUUGAAGCUCACCCUCUUGUUAAACAGCUUGAAGGUGAUGGACUCCUCAGCCUCAAGGGUGAAAAAUGGGCUCACCAUAGGAAAAUCAUCACCCCCACAUUCCACAUGGAAAAUCUCAAACUGCUAGUGCCUGUGGUGGCAAAGAGUGUGAUGGAUAUGCUAGAACAGUGGUCAGCAUUAAUGUCAAACUCUGAUCAGGAGGUUGAAAUUGAAGUUUCAGAGUGGUUCCAAACUCUUACAGAAGAUGUCAUUACGAGAACUGCAUUUGGUAGCAGCUAUGAAGAUGGUAAGGUCAUUUUCAGAUUGCAGGCACAGCAAAUGGUGCUAGCUGCCGAGGCUUUCCACAAGGUUUCUAUCCCUGGUUAUAGGUUCUUUCCUACUAGAAGAAAUAUGAAUUCUUGGAAAUUGGAUAAGCAAACCAAGAAAUCGCUAAUGAAAUUGAUAGAUUGGAGGAGAGAAAAUUCAAACAAUACAGUCAAGAAUCCAAAAGAUUUAUUAGGAUUAAUGAUCGAAGCCUCAAAUUCAAGCUCAAAUGUAACCGUUAACGACAUAGUAGAGGAGUGCAAGAGCUUUUUCUUUGCUGGCAAACAGACCACAUCCAAUUUGCUGACGUGGACAACGAUCUUACUAGCAAUGCAUCCACAGUGGCAGGUGCAAGCACGCGAGGAGGUGCUGAGGGUGUGUGGAUCAAGUGACAUACACACCAAAGACGAUAUUGUAAAGCUUAAGACGCUGAGCAUGAUUCUGAAUGAAUCCCUGCGGUUAUACCCACCCACAAUCGCGACAAUCCGACGGUCGAGAACAGAUGUAGAGCUAGGGGGCUACAAGAUCCCAAGAGGGACAGAGCUUUUGAUACCAAUCUUGGCCGUUCAUCAUGAUCAGAGUAUAUGGGGGAAUGAUGCAAAUGAGUUCAAUCCAGGACGUUUUAGUGAAGGUGUGGCCAGGGCUUCCAAGCAUUCAGUAGCUUUCAUACCCUUUGGGCUUGGAAUGAGGACCUGCGUUGGCCAAAAUCUAGCCAUUUUGCAAGCAAAAUUGACCCUUGCCAUUAUGCUACAACGCUUCUCCUUUAGAUUGGCACCUACUUACCAACAUGCACCCACUGUCCUCAUGCUCCUUUACCCACAAUAUGGUGCACCCAUCAUUUUUAAGAGGCUUCCCAACACCAAUGACCCUUCAACCUAUACUGCAAAAUCACCCACCAACAUAUCCCACAUUUGUGCGUGUGAGAAAGCAUGAGUGACCCAAAAAAACAGAAAAAAAUAUACCAUUGUUGGGUUUGAAAGUUUAUAGGUUCUCUUAAGAGAUUUUGAUAUCUACUCCAUCAUCUUCCAUCCCUUUUCCAUUCACCUCCUUUGCUAUGCUAAUUGCUAAGUGCUAACCCUCCAUGCCCAUGGUGAUUUUACCAGCGUAUUUUACCCUGGCAUGCUUAUAAUUCCUUGGCUUUCACCAAAGUGUUUACCCUGGCAUUUGAAGAGUUUGAUUUUAGACUAGGAUUUUGGUACAUUUUGCUAACAACUAGGUAUCCUAAUUUCCCCCCUUCAUUCUCUUGUACGUAUAUAAUGUAUAUUUGCACGUAAUUUUCUAUACAGUUUUGCAAUAUUAUGC